AUGGAGAACUUACCUAACUUUCCUCGAGAGAAUUUAACCCUCUCUGAUUUCUUGGGAAGUGGAGCCUUUGGCGAAGUGUAUGAAGGAACUGCUAAGGAAAUUCUAGGGCCUGGGACUGGGACCAGCAAAGUAGCAGUCAAGACUCUGAAGAGCGAUGCAACUGAUAAUGAGAAGGUGGAAUUUUUGAAAGAGGCACAUUUGAUGAGUCAGUUCCAUCAUCCUAAUAUUUUGAAGCUACUUGGAGUCUGCCUUUUUAAUGAGCCUCAGUACAUUAUCCUGGAAUUAAUGGAUGGUGGAGAUUUACUAUCAUACUUAAGAGGAGCACGACCAAAUACUAUAGAAGACCCGCUACUUUCUUCCAUGGAUCUUCUUGACAUAUCACUUGACAUUUCCAGAGGUUGUGCAUAUUUGGAGAGAUUACAUUUUGUACACAGAGACUUGGCUGUCCGCAAUUGCUUGGUUUCUGUGAAAGAAUACAACAACCCAACAAGAACAGUGAAAAUUGGGGAUUUUGGACUUGCUAGAGAUGUAUAUAAAAGUGACUAUUACAAAAAGAAGGGAGAAGGACUUCUGCCUGUCCGAUGGAUGGCUUUGGAAAGUCUUGUUGAUGGGAUCUUCACCAAUCGCUCUGAUGUAUGGUCUUUUGGGGUUCUCUUGUGGGAGCUCUUUACAUUGGGUCAGCAGCCUUAUCAGGGUUAUUCAAACAUGGAGGUUUUACAUUAUGUGCGCUCUGGAAGAAGAAUGGACUCUCCUGAUAACUGCCCCGAUGACAUGUAA